AUGGCGUUCUGGAAGCCGGAGAACGGCCUGAGGACGACGACGUCGGCGUCGAGGUAUCAGGAUGGCUUAGCUUUCUUCGACGGAUUUAUUGGACGCGGAUCUGCUUGCUCUGCUGCGUGCUGCUGCUUCCGAGGCUUUUCGUCGUUCAUUUGCAGCAAGGAUGGAGGGAAGGAGAAGGCCCCGGCCAAGUCCGGAGGCGGAAGAAGAAGAAGAAAGUGGAGCAAGGGCAAGCAGAAGGAGAAGGUCAACAACGCCAUGCUCUUCGACCAGCCCACCACCUAUGACAAGCUGCUCUCCGAGGUAAUGGAUAUGCUUGGUCCCAGCCUUUGGGAUGGUUCUGAAAAAUUAUUUUGGGAGCAUCAAAAGGGUGGGGAAGGCAAAGUGGUUAUAACAGAUGACAUUUCAUUGGUUAUUUAAACCUAUUCAGUGCUUAACUACUCAUG